CUGCGGCAGCAGCACAACCUGGGGGUCUGAACUGAGUUUCCCCCCCCCCCCAAGGAUGGCGAAUUUUUCUUUUAUUUUACAUUAUGAGUUUUCAUUCUGGCGUACUGCCACUUCCUCAAAAUGCAUGUAGAAUUUAAUUUAGCUCUGUAACUUUAGUGGGAAGACCAAGUUGACGCUCCUGUUCGGUUUGUCGGUGAAAGAAGCGCAGCGGAAUGCUCGGGAAGGAAAACUCCCGGCCAUACAAAGAGUUCAGCGAUGAAGAUGAAGAUGACGAUGAAGGUCACAAGCAGGCAGAUUUUUUCCAAGACGCCUCAGAUGAUCAGGAGCCGGAGGAGGAGAACGGCAGCAUUUCACAAGAGGACGACAUGAAGGGCAGCAAUCCCUCCAUGAAGGUCAGUAAAGCCUGCCUGAAGAAUGUGUUCACAGUGGUUCUCAUCUUCAUCUACGUGCUGCUGACGGCGGUGGCGGCGUUCCUGGCCUACCAGACCAUCACCGACUUCAUGGAGAAGCUCAACCACCCCGUCAUGUCCGUCACUUACAAAGAAGUCGACUCGUUUGCACCCCCAGGUAUCGCUCUGUACCCGGGGAAAGCUCAGCUGCUGGGCUGCAAGCAUCACUACCAUGACUACAUUCCUCCGUUAGUGGACCCAGGAAAACCUCAGGAGGUGGACUGUGUGAUCGACAAAGUGACUUACUAUGACCCGUUCAAAAACCAAACGCAGAAAAAAGCUAUGGUGGUCCGCGGGCCGUCUGAAGUCCGAAAGAAAGAGCUGAUCUUCAUGCAGUUCAGCCACAACGAAACAGAGGAGGACUUCAGCGCCAUCACUUACAUGCUUUUCGCCAAGUACAGCGACCUGAAUGAGAGUGCAGAUAAAUCAGAGUUCAUGAUGGACUGUGAGAGGAAUUACUCCACGUGGACUUUCUCUGGGGGAUUCAGGACCUGGGUCAAGAUGUCGUUAGUGAGGACGUCUGGGAAAAGCGAUGAAGCCGUUGAGUUUCGGCAAGAGUCCGGCGUGGUGAAAUUCAAUGACAAAAGGCCUGAAUUGGAGAGAACCAAUGAGCUUUUCUUUGUUGUGUUUGAAUGGCGGGAUCCUUUCAUGCAAGAAAUCAGAGAGAUAGUGACUGCCAACGCCUGGAACUCCAUCGCCAUUCUCUGCGGGGUCUUCAUGGCUCUCUUCAAGGCUGCGAAUUUUGCGAAGCUCAGCAUACGGUGGAUCAUCAAACUGCGUAAGAGACAUUUGAGGAACAAAACUAGGGAACUGAAGCAAAUAAGCUGAAAUAAACUGCACACAAGAAGCAUUUGCAGUGUGAUGACACAAUUCCUGUCAUGCUCAGAUUUGCUCUCAAGAACUCAUUUUGUGAUGAUUAACACGGCCGUGUGUUUGGAAAUCACCACUUGCACUGUUUUGCAAUUGAAGACACUGAGUUUUUUUUUUUUUUUUUUUUUUUAAAUCUUUAAAAAUUGUUUUAUUCAUGCCAUCACUUACAUGCUGGAUGUCAGUUGUGUCAUUUCUGAGGUCAAAUUCACAAUGAUUAACACAGUGAACUACCGAUUCUUUUAAUUUAUGUCGUCGCAUUUCAGAAGCGGAUGUAUUUUU